AUGUUGCAAUUUCUUCAAUCAUCACAGUCGUCUUGUAGUAAUGAUAAUUUUAAUAAUGAAGAAGAAAUUUUAAAUGAAAACGUUGAUAUCUUUUUUCCCCAUUCUAAUGAAAUAAGUGAAGAGCCAAUAUCACAUAAUCUUGAUUCAACAACUAUUUUAAGUCCUAUUAAAAACAAUGACCUAACAGACCCUUAUAAUUGGCCAGAUAGUAUAAAUUCCGACCUAAGAGCUGAAAUAGUCAAACUUGGACCAAAGAGAAAAAUUGAUAUGAAAUAUCUUCUAAGCAAAAUUGAUAAAGCUGAAAGACAAUUUUCUAAUAGUUUCUAUUCAAGAAAAUUAUCUAAUGGUGAGUUUAUUGAUAGGCAGCGGCUAGUAUACAGUAUUUCGUGUGAUUGCGUUUAUUAUUUUUGUUGUAAACUUUUUCCAAGUCAUGAAACGAAUCUACGAAUAAGUUUUUUGGCUAAUAUCGGUUUAAGUGGCUGGAAACAUUUAUCUGAAAGAUUGAAAACUCAUGAAAUUUCACGCGCACACGUAAAAAGUGCACUAGAUUGGUCAGAAUUACGACUACGAUUAGGAAAAUUAAAGACUAUUGACAAAGCUCAUCAGAUAGUUAUCGAAAAAGAAAAGAAUCAUUGGAGAGAAGUCCUAAAACGUAUUAUAGAGGCGAUACAUUUUUUGGCUAAGCAUAACGAUGUAUUUAGAGGUUCCACGGACGUUCUUUACCAACCUAACAACGGUAAAUUCUUAGGUCUGAUGGAAAUGUUUGGCAAAUUUGACCCUUUCACUCUUUCCACACUUUUAUCACAAUAAUACUAGUAUUUUUCGUUCAUUAUUGUUUUAAGCUUACAAGAAAAUUGUAAAUUACCCACUCCCGA